UGUCGUGACAAUAAACACACAGCCUGUGCAGGUUUCUCUCAUUGUUGCAAAGAUACCAGCGGGGAGAAAGUGUCUGAAGUGGUGGGGCUGCAGGAAUUUUUGUCUUUCUUAAAAACUCAGACUUGUGCGUUUUUUUUGUAAUUACCCAUCAAGCAAUGCGAUAAUUGGAUCCACUUUUAUCAUCUCAGAGAAAAAAAAUGGAGCAGACAAAACUUCCAGAAGACGAAACCAGAGACCAGAUGGAGGACAUCACAGAGGAAAAGUUCCUCAAAGAUCUCUACAUUUUCAUGAAGAAGAGAGACACUCCAAUAGAGAGGAUCCCUAACCUGGGCUUUAAGCAAAUUGAUUUAUUUGUGAUGUUCAAGACCGUCAAUGACUUGGGGGGCUACCACAAGGUCACUUCCCAUCAGCUGUGGAAGCAAGUCUACAACAUUCUGGGCGGAAACCCGCGGAGCACGAGCGCUGCGACCUGCACUCGCAGGCACUAUGAGCGGCUCCUCUUACCAUAUGAGUGCCACUUGAAGGGCAUUUUAAUAAACGCUGUGCCUCAGCCAAAACCCUUUCAUGACAAGGACAGCUCCAGUGGGCAGAGGCCGUCGAAGCGCAGGCUACUGUCCCCUCAGGGACCUUACAGUUUCCAAUUCGAUCCCUACCUCCACUCUUUGCCUCUACACUUCCCGCAGUUCUAUCCACCAAGUCAGCCAUUUCUACCCCCUAUCUUUCCCCUUACUCCCUCAGUGUUACUCCCUCAACACCCUGCCCUCAAACCCACCCACCAGUUUCAGCCACCAACUGUUGACCAGCACACCAACCAGUCACUGAUGGACUUGCGGCGACUGGCAGAGCAGUACAUGUCCUUGUUUAGACCGAAUGAACCCCUGAAUCUGAGCACAAAGGCAUCCAGCUGCGACUCUGAGAGUCCGGCGUCAUCGUUUUCCCCGCCGGCUUCCAACAAGGGUCCAAAGUUUUUGAACCAACCCUCCCCACUCUAUGCCCCAUGUCAUUCAGGGGUAGUUAGAAAUGAAGACGCUAGUGACUCUAGUGAAGAAGACACAGCUUUUUCAUACCCUCCAAAAGCAAAGAAAGCCCGUGUUGUGAAAGCUUGCACACCGCCACACAGCCCCAAAGGCAGCUCUGCCCUUACAACGGAAGCUGACAAGGGGGCCCGAAAACCGAGCUCUCCAAAAUCAAGCUCUUUGCUCGAACAAGCAGAAGACAAACAGACAGUUCAGGAAGAAUGGAAGCCUUUUGCCAGCGACAUUCAGUGCAGGCUUCCUCAACCAGGAGAAGGAAGGAUGGAAUUUGAAGUACCACUGUCUGUCUUUUAUAAAUUGAUCAAAUCGUGUGGCCCCUCUGCCAUGUUGCGCCCUUCCCUCAAUCCCGAGGAUUCCUCUGGACAGAAGAGCUGCUCUGACGUUGACGCUCUUCCCUCAGGCGAGAUAUUUUACAUGAAACGGCAGAACUCAGCCGAGGAUUUAAGCCAGAAGGACGAGGCGAACAGUUCCAGCCGGAGCCAAAACUACAAAAACUACAAACCCUUCCCUUCGAGCAGCAACAUGAAGAGUGUCUGGCCUCUGCAGGAUGCCCAUCGUCACCGGGACGUCACACAGACCAGAGUGUCCUCUCACGCUUCCUCCAGACUCUGUGAAGUUCAGGAGGAGGAGCAGAGAGGCGAGAGAAAGCCUCCAGGCCGGCUGAUGAACCCCAGCUCUGAGCUGGAGCUCUCCAGCGAGGAGCUCGUGAAGCUGAGGAAAAUCAUCUUGAGCACUUCGUGAAGCUAAGAUGGAAAGAACCAACACCACGCUGAAGCUAAUUCUUAAAAACUUGAUUAGUGAAGUUACACUUGCAGUACAGCAGAGGAGUUUCGCACAUUGAGAGCAAUAAAUCAACGUUUAACUUCAGUAUUAGUGCCAGGUACAGAACAUGAACAUGAACAUAAGCUUUAAGUCUAAACCAAAGACUUCAUUUUCAAAAUAAAAUUGGCUCUUGCUGCCAAAAAAAGUUUGUAUUUGAAAGGAAGCUAUUCCAUAUUUGAAGCUAUUUUCCAAACUCCUUAUUCUUGAGGAUUAAGGACUUUAUUCCUGGUCACAUAAUCUGAAUUUAUGUGGCUUCUAAAGUGAAACUUUCGUCCUCAAAAUAAUGCACCAAAAACACUUUUAGAAAAAAAGAAACAAAGAAAGGAAGUAUCUGAAAAGCUCUUUUCUCUUUUUUAAAUUUUUUUUAUCGUGACGUUUAACUUGAUAUUGUAAAGCUAACAAAAGUAAAUCCAUUUUACAAAAAACUAAAUGUAGCAGAUAUUUGAGGGGAAAAAAUUAAAUAUGUAUUAUGAAGUGAUUUUUAUCUAAUUAAAGUGCACAUAAGUGUCAUUUGCUGAUCCUGUAAAUAUUCUGUAAUGAUUUAAAUAUUAAUAAAUGUGUUAAAAUGCA